UUGACCAUUUUUCCCUCAAUCAGAAAGUGUCGGUUCCGUCAGAUAGACAACUUUAUGUUCUUGGUGAAUAAUAUAGUUUUCCUAUAGUUUACAUGUUGAAAGCUUUGCCCGUCUACUGUUCGGUUAGACGGGUAUUUACUUCGUUAAUUGUAUUAUCGAUUUACUGGAUCAAUAAUUCAGCCCGACUGUAUACUAUCGCUGUGCAUGUUUAGUGUUUUUUCUUUCUAACCUCCGUGCGGUGGAAAUUGUUUUUCCCAGUCGUCUGCAACAGAGGAAAAUUGAGUGUGACGUACUGGCAUGGCUGUAAUUUUCUAGGCAUCAUCACAAACCAGUGCGAACGUAAUCAAACAGCGCUAAUAAAAUUCCGGGUGUCAUAUUUUUGUUUUAUCUUAUCUGAAUGUCUGGACCACAGCUAAAUACUUAAAGCUGAAUAGAUUCUUAGUCCGAUUUUGCAUACUGAGUGAGUGAAGUGCAUAAAAUCGAUUGCAAAUGUGAUGCGGGAAUAGGCGGAAAACAUGCUAAAAAUAGGUUCAGAACAGUGACAUAAUUUGUGUACGUUUGGGACACCUGUAAAAUAUUCACGGUGCAAUUCGAUAAUGGUUUCAAGUUGCUGAAUUGAUUAUAACUACGGUUAAGCUUCGUUAGAAAAAAAAAUAUGAAACGAACGAGGUUUGUGAUGCAUCAGCAAACAAGUUGUGCUGAAUAAAAACCCAUGACUGAAGCAGAAAAAAACAGUAAACUCUGCACCAAUUGCCGUUUAAAACAAAUUCUCGUACAUUUGCUGGUUGAAUUCAAAUCAGUCAGCUGGACUGGUCAACGCGGAAACCGCUGAUAUCGAUCUAGUAGAAGAGCUAGUUCCCAGGAAGAACGUCAAUCACGAGGGGCAUUCCACAGUGAAGCAAGAUCAAAGCGUAGAAGUGCGGUGAUCGCGAAACACCGAUGGCUCUCAGCAAUUCGCAGUUCCAAAAUAUUGAGGACGAUGACGACGACUUUCAAGAUGCAUGCGAUACGGAAGGACCCUUGCCCUCCUGUUCCAUGGAUCUGGAUGCAGCCCUGCAGGAAGCGAAGUUGGCGGUCAAUUUGUUCUUUAACAACAAAUUUACCGAGGCGGAAGCGCUAAUGAAACCAUGGGCCAAGUCGAGCAUGUACCACUCGGUGGGGCACUCUGUGUUCGCCUACCUGGAGGCAAUGUUAACGUUCGAACAGCAGCACAUUUCGGCGGCAUCCGACGCACUGAAGCAGUGCCUGGGCGUAUGCAAUCGAUACCGGAAGAAGAACACGCUCACCGAAACGAUUGGCAAAACUUUCAAGAAAAUAAACUACGAUCAGUACACGGAGGUGGAGGCCCAUGCUGAGCUGUGCACGGCUGAAGCCAUGCUACUGAAAGCGAUGCUAACCUUCAUCGAGGACGAGACGCUGACGAGUCUGAUAAAGGGCGGAAUGAAAAUCAGAAAUUGUUUCGCUAUGUACAAAGAGUGCAACAACAUACUGACACAACGAAACUGGAAAUCAGAAAGUUCAAAAGUUCAUUUCGAGAGUGGAGUUCGAAUGGGCUUGGGUACAUUUAACUUAAUGAUCUCGCUGCUUCCGGGUAGAGUUAUUAAAUUGUUAGAAUUUAUCGGAUUCUCGGGGAAUAAGCAAUCUGGAAUGCAAGACUUGAUAGCGGGCUCCCAGAGUCUGGGAAUCCGUCAGGUGCUCUGCGUUAUGACACUUUUAGGCUACAACCUUAUUGUUUGUUACGUGCUCAGUCACAAGGAAGGCGAUUUAAAAUACUGUGAUGAGCUGCUUUCGAAGCAGCUAAAGAUUUAUCCUGACGGCGUAUGGUUUCUGUUCUUCAAGGGCCGUCUGGAGUUCAUGAAGGGAAAUCUGGACGAUGCGCUAGCGUGGUACAAAAUGUCAUGGAAAUCGCAAAACGUCUGGCCUCAGUUUCACCAUCUGUGCUUUUGGGAGCUACUGUGGGUGAACUGUUUGCGGUUGGACUGGCGCGAAUCGCUGCUUUUUGCCACGUACCUGGUUGAGCACAGCAAGUGGUCACGUACCAUCUACACAUAUCAAAAGGCAUCCAUCAUGUGCAUGAUUAAACGGACUGAUCUUACGUCAACCGAGCUGCGGACGUUGGACGGUCUGAUGAAAGAAGUGCCAAAGUAUAAGCAACGAAUCGCUGGCAAAUCACUUCCGAUGGAAAAGUUUGCCUGCAAAAAGACUGAACGCUUUUUUGCGCAACAGUCAUUCCUUUACGUUCCUGCGUUGGAGCUGAUGUAUGUCUGGAACUUGUUCAAAAUUCUCGGAAAACAUUUUCAACUGGCCGACGGAGUUUAUCGGAUAGUGGAAGAAAAUUUGAACGAACUAGAACAACGCCAGCAGAAGCGCAUUCACAGUUCGCUGACUCCGUUCGAUGUCGACAACAAGGCAUUGUUGUUGCUGCUGAAGGGAGCCUGCUUGCGACAAAUGGACAGUCCUUUACAAGCCUUGAAAUGCUUGGAAACGGUAGUAGCAAUGUUCAAAGAUCUCAAAGAAGACUUAUACUUGGUACCAUACGCUAUCGUAGAAAUUGCUCUCAUUUACGUUGACCAAGGAAAAAAGGAGCAAGCAAUUCUUGCCUUGGAAGAUGCUAAGAAAAACUACAGUGGAUACUCUUUGGAAUCACGACUUCACUUCCGCAUCCACACGGCGCUGAUCGAACUGAAAGGGAAAAGUUACGAAAACAUUCCGGCUGGUAACGACUAAUAAUCACUUCGUGGAGUGUAAGCCAGGGUCUAGUCUACAUUUUAUUGUUGAAGUACAUACUUAAGUCUGUUUUGAUUGUUUUUGACGGAUUCGCCGGUGCGGGUGAUCCUUCAGGUUACGCAAGCAUUUAAUGGAUUGAGUUGCUUUGAAGGCAUACUUGAGUGGCACCUCUUGAAGGACCUGUGAAGGGUUCUCACCGUGUCGAAUCGGAAGCCGCUCUCUGGGACUACGCCCAUAUCAGGAUAAGAUAGUAAUAAAAUAAAAUGCACCAUGUGAAUGUUGAAA